GAAAAGAUGGCGGCGAUGGCAGUCGGAGGUGCCGGUGGCAGCCGCGUGUCCAGCGGCAGGGACCUGAAUUGCGUCCCCGAAAUAGCUGAUACACUGGGUGCUGUGGCCAAGCAGGGGUUUGAUUUCCUCUGCAUGCCUGUCUUCCACCCGCGUUUCAAGAGGGAGUUCAUUCAGGAGCCUGCUAAGAACCGGCCUGGCCCCCAGACGCGAUCAGACCUGCUGCUGUCGGGAAGGGAUUGGAAUACGCUAAUUGUGGGAAAGCUUUCUCCGUGGAUCCAUCCCGACUCGAAAGUAGAGAAGAUCCGAAGGAACUCAGAGGCGGCCAUGUUACAGGAGCUGAAUUUUGGGGCAUAUUUGGGUCUUCCAGCUUUCCUGUUGCCCCUGAAGCAGGAAGAUAACACGAACCUGGCCAGAGUUCUGACCAACCAUAUCCACACCGGCCACCAUUCUUCCAUGUUCUGGAUGAGGGUGCCCUUGGUGGCUCCAGAGGACCUGAGAGAUGAUGUCAUUGAGAAUGUCCCAACUUCACAUACGGAGGAGUACAGUGGAGAAGAGAAGACGUGGAUGUGGUGGCAUAACUUCCGGACUCUGUGUGACUAUAGCAAGAGAAUUGCAGUAGCUCUUGAGAUUGGGGCUGACCUCCCGUCUAAUCAUGUCAUCGACCGUUGGCUUGGAGAGCCCAUCAAAGCAGCCAUUCUCCCCACCAGCAUCUUCCUGACCAACAAGAAGGGGUUUCCUGUUCUUUCUAAGAUGCAGCAGAGGCUGAUCUUCCGGCUCCUCAAGUUGGAGGUGCAGUUUAUCAUCACGGGCACCAACCACCACGCAGAGAAGGAGUUCUGCUCCUACCUCCAGUACUUGGAAUACUUAAGCCAAAAUCGUCCUCCACCCAAUGCUUAUGAACUCUUUGCCAAAGGCUAUGAAGACUACCUGCAGUCCCCACUUCAGCCACUGAUGGAUAACCUGGAAUCUCAGACAUACGAAGUAUUUGAAAAGGACCCCAUCAAAUACUCUCAGUAUCAGCAGGCUAUCUAUAAAUGUUUGCUAGAUCGAGUACCAGAAGAAGAAAAGGAGACCAAUGUCCAAGUACUGAUGGUGCUAGGUGCAGGCCGGGGUCCUCUGGUGAAUGCAUCUCUCCGGGCAGCCAAGCAGGCUGACCGGCGGAUAAGGCUGUAUGCCGUGGAGAAAAACCCCAAUGCUGUGGUGACGCUGGAGAACUGGCAGUUUGAAGAAUGGGGGAGCCAGGUGACGGUUGUCUCUUCAGACAUGCGGGAAUGGGUGGCUCCAGAGAAAGCGGACAUCAUUGUCAGCGAGCUUCUGGGCUCCUUUGCCGACAACGAGCUGUCCCCUGAGUGUCUGGAUGGAGCACAGCACUUCCUGAAAGAUGAUGGUGUGAGCAUCCCUGGAGAAUACACCUCCUUCCUGGCUCCCAUUUCUUCCUCUAAGUUGUACAAUGAGGUCCGAGCCUGUCGGGAAAAGGACCGUGACCCUGAGGCACAGUUUGAGAUGCCUUACGUGGUUCGUCUGCACAACUUCCAUCAGCUGUCUGCACCACAGCCCUGUUUCACCUUCAGCCAUCCCAACCGAGAUCCUAUGAUUGACAACAACCGCUACUGUACCCUGGAGUUUCCCGUGGAGGUGAACACGGUGCUGCAUGGCUUUGCAGGCUAUUUUGAGACGGUGCUUUAUCGGGACAUCAGUCUGAGUAUCCGUCCAGAGACCCACUCUCCUGGGAUGUUCUCAUGGUUCCCCAUCCUCUUCCCCAUUAAGCAGCCCAUCACGGUGCGUGAAGGGCAGAGCAUCUGCGUGCGUUUCUGGCGAUGCAGCAAUUCUAAGAAGGUGUGGUACGAGUGGGCGGUGACAGCACCGGUCUGUUCUUCUAUUCACAACCCCACGGGCCGCUCCUAUACCAUCGGUCUCUAGCCCUGUGUGCGGUGUCAGAGCCGUGGAAGCGCUUUGAGUUCCGUCCCCACAGCACAGAGGUGCAGGACAUCUGCUGUACGGUUCACCUGUGAGCCCCCUGCCCGCCCGUCAGAGAGGACCGCUUCAGUCUGCUUUCCUACCUUAUGUCACGGUGGGCGAGGGGUAGGCAUUCCAGGACUAAGCAUGCUGGUGCACACCUCUGAUCCCAGCACUCUGGAGGCAGAGGCAGGUGAUCUCUGCAUUCAAGGCUAGCCUGGUCUGCCUAGCGAGUUUCAGGCCAACUAGGGCGGCAUAGUGAGACCCUGUUUCUCAAAAGGAAAAAAAAAAGAACGGGACACAAAGCACGGACCUCAAAGGCCUCUGGCUCGGGCAGGAAGGAUUAGUAGUGCAGGGUGUGAAGCAGCAUGGACAGGAACUCAGCCUUCAGAGCAGGGCUCUGGGGAAGCAAGGUUUGUGGAGCAGCCCCGAGAACGUGCACUGAGCACAUUUCCAGCCUUUGCCUUAUUCUGUUGUUGUUUGGAUGGCUCUGUGUAAGGAGGAAACACAAAUAAAGUGAAGUUAUGGCCUCUGCUACUUUCUGCCUGUUUUCCUCCGCUUCCCUUAAAUCUGGGCAUGCCAGGUCUGCGCUCCUGCCUUACCUAGGAUCCAAAGGACCUAAGAAGCUGAGUGAGAGCUGGUAGAGCACACAGUAUUUGGUGGUAACCUGUGAGGUCCUGAGUCGGGUCUGUGUCCGCGCGUCCCCUGCCCCCACACCUCCACACACCCCUCCCCUGGGGCUUCUGGGUGUAGGCUUUCUGACUGGUCCAUUAGGCCCAUCAGUCUCUUCUCUAGGAAAGAGAUACAGCCUUCGCUGUUAGUAUUCAGGCAUCUGCACUGGCCUGCCCUUGGAGUCUU